AUGUCUACAACGACUAGCACCGCAAAAUCAUCCGCAUUUUCCGACUAUAACGAGAAGACUGGGUCAGAUCGCACUGAACUCACCACGACAUGCACCUCUUGUCACGUCAGCGUGGAUUCAAGGAAGUUCGCUAAUACAGACAAGUUCAAAUUGAAACCGGGUGAAUUUUUGCACGACUUUGAAGGUUCAACAGCAUCUAAACAAUCCUUAGCGUCGUUUAUACACCAUCUCUGCGCCUCCAAUGUCUAUCGGAUGUUCUUCUCUUACACACAAGUCCUUCAGAACGACGCUCAUAAAUGCAGCACAACAUAUAACCGAUUAAGUCAACACAACAGAUUCAGUGACAUUCCUUGUAUAGAAGAAACACGAGUUCAUGUCAAGUAA